UAUGAAGCGUAAAAGUACAAUCGAGUCUCACUCGCUGUUUUCCUUUGGAGCGUGCAACACAUAAGUUGCACUCCACUCGUUCCAUAUAUAUUUCUUCUUCUUCCAAUUAACAAUCGCAAUACGAUGCGAGCCAUCGUUUUUACAGUUCUCAUUCUUGGAUUAAAUCUUGCUCUCUGCGUACAGUUUGGAGCUGCGCAUGAUUGUUCCAAGGUAGUCAUCGAGCCUGUGGUAGGUGAUUUUGAGCACAGCGAAGGACCUCACUGGGAUCACCAUUCUCAGAGACUCUACUUCGUUGACAUAACUGCGCAAAAGAUAUGUAAAUUCAGCCCUGCAACGAAAGAUCUCGCCUGUAUCUAUAUUGAAAAUGGUCCUGUCGGAGUAGCUGUUCCUGUUGAAGGGGAACCAAACAAACUGGUGUGCGGAACUGGUACAGACUUUGUUCUGGUCUCAUGGGACAGCGAAAGGAAUGUUUCGAGGUCUAGCCCUGAAACAUUGGCUAUUGUAGACACUGAUCGCAAUGGUACCAGAUGGAAUGAUGGAAAGGUGGACUCUUCGGGAAGGUUCUGGGGUGGUACGAUUGGUCCAGAGGUGAACGCUGUAGUUGUACCCAAUCAAGCAACAUUCUAUCGUAUCGAUUCUGAUUUGAACCCAAAGAAGGAAUUAUCUCCUGUCACAAACAGUAACGGAUUGGCUUGGAAUUUUCAGGAUGAUACGCUUUACUACAUUGAUACACCCACAAGACAAGUUGCAGCAUUCGACUUUGAGCCCAUCGAAGGAGUUAUAUCAAAUAAGAGAAUUGCGUUCGAUCUGGAGAAGAAUAAUGUUACUGGGCUGCCCGAUGGAAUGACCAUAGAUAGGGACGGAAACCUUUGGGUAGCUUUAUUCAACGGAGGUGGUGUGGCCAAUGUAAACCCUCACACUGGUCAUGUGUUGCGUAUUAUAAAGCUUCCCGUGACAGCUGUAACUAGUUGUGCUUUCGGAGGGCCCUCUUUGGAUAUUCUGUACGUAACCACAUCGAAGAGAGAUUUAACUCCAAAAGAGCAAACAGAACAACCAUACGCUGGUUAUGUUUUUGCUGUACAUGGUUUAGGAGUACAUGGUCUGAUUGCAAACUCAUUCAGAUUGUUUUUAAUGGUCACACGUAUUAUACAACCAGAAAGCAAUUUAUUAAUUAAGAAAAAUCAAACAGCAAUUCAAAAAGACAAACGGAACACAAGACGAAAAAUGGCAGAAGUAACAGUCGAACCCCUAAUAGGACCAUACAACCUUGGCGAAGGUCCACACUGGGACCCAGCGUCUCAAAAGCUGUACUUUGUUGACAUAUUCGCUCAGAAAGUGUUCAAGUACGACCCUUCGACAAAGGCUCUCACUUCGACCUACGUGGAACACGGACCUGUUGGAUUUGUUCUCCCUGUGGAUGGUGCCAGCGAUAAAGUGGUGGUAGGAUCUAGAACAGAGAUUCUGAUGCUUACGUGGGAUGGAAAGAAAGAUUCAUUGAAGUGCGAAAGUAGAAAGCUAGCUACUACGGGCACCAACCCCAAAGAGAUUAGAUGGAACGAUGGAAAAGCAGAUGCUUCUGGAAGAAUUUGGGGUGGAACGAUGGGCUAUGAGACAAAUGGAGUAUUUCCACACAAUGUCGGAGCUCUCUAUUGCGUUCACAAUGAUCUUGCGGUGAAAACGCACUUACCAUCUGUAUCUAUAAGCAACGGAAUAGCUUGGACUCCUAACGAAGACACAUUCUAUUACAUCGAUUCGUUGACCUAUCAGGUUGAAGCCUACGACUACAAUCCUCAGACAGCAACUAUAUCUAACAGGAGGACUGUCUUCGACCUCAAGAAACAUAACAUGCCUGGAAUUCCAGAUGGUAUGACUAUAGAUACAAAUGGGAAUCUUUGGGUUGCUUUGUUUGGUGGGGGCGGUGUGAUGCAAAUAAAACCGGAAACGGGUGAGUUGUUACGAUUUAUCAAGAUCAACAACGUCGAUAACAUAACCAGCGUGGCGUUCGGCGGUGCCGACUUGGACACCCUGUACGUGACGACGGCUACGGUAGGUUUGACCGAGAAACAAUUGAAAGAACAACCACACGCUGGCUACUUGUUCGCUAUAAAAGGUCUGGGCGCACGUGGUUUUCCUGCAAACUCGUUCAAGCUGGCAAAUAAAUAAAUGUAGACGAGAAUCGUAUAAAUAUCCUACAAAUGUACAAAUUUAUAAAACAUGUACCCUUACGCUAAAUCACUAAAAUAAAUUAUACAAUAUAUAAUGUACACAUACAAAUAUUUCGCACUUUGUAAUAAUUUCCUGUAAAGAAAUAAACGUUACGAAAUGAAA